UUACUAACGAAAUUUCCCCAUUUCCCUUUGUUUUUUCUUUUGACUUCCACCAAGAACCUCACUGUUUCAUCCCCUUCCACCAAACACUGAAACCCCUGUUUUCUCCUCUCCGAGCAAUGGUACUAUCCAAAUACUCUCUCACGCUCACCCUUUCCAUUCUCUCCGUUUGGGCCGUUGACGCCGCCCACAACCAUCAUUCGGCGGCGGCGGCACCGUCGCCCUCUUCCUCCUCCGGGGACUGUUCGUCUUUGAUCCUCAACAUGGCGGAUUGCUUGUCCUUUGUUUCGAGCGGGAGUCACGUGUCGAAACCGGAAGGGACGUGCUGUACUGGCUUGAAGACUGUGAUUGAAACCGACGCCGAUUGCUUGUGCGAGGCGUUUAAGAGCAGUGCUUCGCUCGGUGUUUCUCUGAAUCUCACUAGGGCUUCCACCUUGCCCGCUGUUUGCAGUAUCACCGUUUCUUCCGCCCCUAAAUGCGCAUUAUCUAUUGUACCUGCUGCUGCGCCAGGUGUGCAACUAUCACCGACAGCAGGUGCACCAACAACCGGACCAGGGGGAGCGAGCGAGGCAGCGCCGAUACCGGCUCCUAGUAAAGCAGGCUCACCGGUGCUCUCUGUUCCAAUGGGUUCUCUUGUUGUAGGGCUCCUCAUGGUUAUGUUAGUUUAA